AUGAAGCUUAGUGGAGUUGUUUCUGUUGCUGUCUUCCUGGCAGCGAGCCGUGGCGUGGAGGCCGGGCCAGGCAAGAAGGGAGGCUACACCACGACUACCACGCUGAAGCCCAACCCGUUGAACGUUGAAAGGGAGUGCUUCCAGGUGCCGUACAGCGUCGAGAAGACCUGCUACAAGGACGAGAAGGUGUCUCGCCCGUACGCGUGUCCCGCGCCGCUUGAGGAGGAGGUCUGUCAUACCAUCAGCGAAGAAGCCGACGACACCUGCUACCAGCUCGUGAAGAAGGAAGUGCAGUAUGAAUGCCCCAAAGCCACGAAACAGCAACUGUGCUCGACCAUCCCCGUCACUCUCAACAAGACAUGCAAGAAAGCAGUGACUGAGAAGGUUGCGGGCUCUUGUCCCAAGAUCGUGAACGUGCCCCAAUGCGAAAUCAUCUCCCGACCCAGUCAAGACACGUGCUACGAGUCCGAGUCAUUCGAACAAGAGUACGAGUGCUGGGGAUCGGAAACGCACAGGGAAUGCGAAGUGGAAAUGAAGGUUAUCAACGACUCGUGUAACAGGACUGUGGACUCGCCGGUCCCCUACGAAUACGAGGAUACCAUUACGGAGAAGGUCUGCACGACGAAACUUCACUCCAAGGCAGGAGUGUGCAGAAAGAGGAUCGAAACCGAGGAGCAAUACCCCUGCCCAGAAACUAAGUGGGAGAAGCGAUGCUUCGAGUCUUCCAAGUUGGUUCAGGAGCCAUGCGAGAAGAAAAUUGUCGCCCAGGAGGCGUACGACUGCAGCGAAACCAAGCAUGACUCGAUCCAGAAGACCUGCUCCCGACGCAUUCCAAAGAAGACGAUGGUCGAAAAAUGCGCUCCCAGCAAAAAGGAGCACAAGAAGCUGCGUCGCUUAGGGCCUGCGAAGAAGGGCGGCAACUGCCAACUGGUAGAGGUUCUCUCAGAAGAGAUCGAGACAUACCCCUGCAACGAGGACGUUCUUGUUUCUGUACCCAAGGUCUGCACCCGGGAAAUUGCGAAAACCGUGACCGAAAUGUGCCCGAAGCAAGUUCCAGAUACGCAGUGCACGAUGGAGUCAGUUGCGAUUCCGAAGGUCUGUUCCCGCAGAGUGUCUAAGGACAUCGAGGUUCCCUGUGAGGCUCAAAAGCAGGAAGAAGUUUGCGAGGAUGUACCUAAAAAGGUCAAGAAACAAGGAUAUCGGUUUGAGAAGAAGAAUGAGACAUUCCCGUGCCAGAGACAUCAGUUCGAGGAGAAGUGCUACGAGGUGAAGAGACCCAAGAGAGACACCUGCAUCGCGACCCUGUUCAGGACCGCCGAGAAGCCAUGCACUCGUCAAGAUUUCCAGGAGGUCUGCCGUGAUGAGCAGCAGCUUACCAUGCAGCCGUGCUUGGAAGAGAAAAAAUCCGAGAUCGAGGUGCCUUGCCCGGAGCAGACGACUCAAGAAAAGUGCAUCUACGUGCCAGUGUACGAGAUGGGCACAUGUACCACAGUCAUCCAAGAGGUUCAACAGGGACCUUGCAAGAAACACCAGCCAGCGCUCCGCUGCGAGACCGUGAAGUCAGACCGUGCUGGAACUUGCUUCAGAUCGGAGUCUAUUCAGGUCCCCUACACCUGCUAUGAAAUCGCGUACGAGGAAAAGUGCGUUGAGCUUCCCGUGACUGGUGUUCCUCCCCCCCCUCCCGGCAAAAAGCUCUGA